AUGACGAGAAACUCGCCGCGCAUGGAUGCCUGCACUGUAGACAGCGGCUGUGCCGUGAUCCAUCGGCUCCGCGUUGGCAGCCUGGUCGAGGGCUGGUCUUGUACCUUCGCUGGCAGCAGCGGCGAUGCAGCUUUGCGCAGGAUACGUUCGGUGAAGCGCUUUAGCUUUCCGGCGGCCGAGGUUCCGCGCUGCUCACUGGCCUCCGCCGCCACGGUCUCUGUGGUAGCUGCUUCAUCGCCCAUGGCUGUGGGCUGGGUGGCAGCUGGGCUUGCCGGUGGCCUUUGUGAAGCAGACUCGCUCAUGGGCGCAGGUGAUGAAAUGGGCUGGACAGAGCUGUCCGUCACAUCCCUGGCAUCUUGGGCCUGGUCAUCCCCGGCCUUGUUUUGCUUGGUAAUCGCCUGGGCUUCCCCAUCUGGGCGGUGCCCAUUUUCUGGACUGGAACAAUCCUGCGUAUGCUCUGGGCUGUUGGCUUCCUCUGGCAGUGGUUCUGGAGCCGUUGCGGGCGCCUGCGUCCCUGGCCCUGCUUCCAGUAUCAUAGGGUCUGCAUCGAGAUCCCGCACGGCGUCGAAGGACAGGGACCCGAGGCAGACGAUGAGGCUAUCAUCCUCGAUCCUGCCGCCACCAGAUUGGGGAAUGGGCGGUUUUCAGUGCACCUCGACGCGGCGGCCAUUACGUGUCACGCAACUCAACCUCUCCAGCAAAAACUUAGCUGGCAAUAUCUCUUCCUCUCUUGGAAAUCUGGCCUUCCUUGAAAAGCUUGAUCUAUCGAAUAACAGCUUCUAUGGCCCCAUUCCUGACGCACUCACAAACUGUUCCAACCUAGCCUAUCUGCUUCUCUCUAGAAACCACCUCACUAGUGUUAUUCCUCCUACAAUAGGUUUUCUUACCGGUCUAAAACGUGUCAUCCUUGACAGUAAUUAUCUCACUGGGGGAAUCUCAGCAGCCCUCGGAAACAUCACCAAUCUACAAAUACUCAGUUUUACACAAAAUCAACUGACUGGAAGCAUUCCGCAAAAGGUUAUGCAAAUGCCAAAUAUAUUGGAGUUGUACCUAAACCAAAACAACCUAUCAGGUGGAAUUCCUGAGGUUUGGCAGAUGCCAAACACAGAGGUGUUAGACCUAAGCCAAAAUAACCUAACAGGUAGAUUCCCACAAGAUCUAUCUAGUGUAUCUUCUCUUCAGGAAUUAUCCUUGACAUCCAAUAUGCUAGGCAACACAUUACCAUCUAACAUUGGUUGUGCUCUACCUAAUCUCACGAUUCUACUGUUGGCAAGCAACAAUUUUGAGGGUCCCAUUCCAGCUUCCCUAGGAAAACCUACAGGUCUAGGAACAAUAGAUAUAUCAGACAAUCGUCUCACUGGCCAAAUCCCAAACUCUUUAGGAAACCUCACGGUGCUUUCUUAUCUUAACCUUGAAAAAAACAUGCUUCAAGCAACAGACAAUGAAGGUUGGGAAUUCCUCCAUACCCUGGGAAAUUGUCGUUCUCUAUCAGUUUUUUCAUUGUCUCAUAAUAACCUACAGGGAACCAUACCAAAUUCUAUUGGAAACCUAUCCAUCAGUCUUACACGGUUGCUAAUGUCUGAAAACAACCUAUCAGGAAUAGUUCCCCCGAGUAUUGGAGAACUUAGUUCCUUAUUUCAACUAUCUCUAGAUCAUAACAAUCUUACCGGUACAAUUAAAGAAUGGGUCGGAAAUAUGACAAAACUAGAACUUCUGAAUCUCCAAUCGAACAGCUUCAUCGGGACAAUUCCACCUUCCAUUGGCCGUCUUACAAGUUUCCAAGGGGGAAUACCUGUUGAGCUUGGUAAUUUGGGACAACUCGCCACUCUAAAUCUUUCAUCAAACAAAUUUGGUGGGGGAAUUCCUGAAACUUUGGGAAAAUUUGAACAUAUACAGACCAUUCAAUUGGACCAAAAUAUUCUUACAGGAAACAUCCCAAGCUCCUUCAGCAAUCUAUAUACCUUGAGCAUGCUCAAUAUUUCGCAUAACAAUCUGUCAGGCCGCUUGCCAGCUUUUAUAAAUGAUUUGAAGACUAUAACAAAACUAGAUAUAUCUUACAAUAAUUUCCAAGGAGAAGUGCGAACAAAUGGAGUAUUUGCUAAUGCUACCAUUAUUUCACUUGUUGAUAAUCUGGGACUGUGUGGAGGAGCCACGGAUUUGCAUCUUUGGUCAUGCCAUGUAUUGAAUAAAAAGGGUAGAGUGGUAAACUAUUUAGUCAAAAUUUUGAUCCCAAUAUUUGGGUUCAUGUCACUCGUAUUACUCGUCUACUUUGUACUCCUUGAGAGGAAGAGGUCAAGAGCAUAUAUGUUGUCAGAGCAAUCUUUUGGUGAGCAUUUUGAGAAAGUUACCUUUAGUGACCUAACUCAAGCAACACGGGACUUCUCAGAAUCCAACCUGAUUGGGAGAGGAAGCUAUGGUUCAGUGUACAGAGGAAAGUUGAAGGAAAGCAAAAUGGAAGUGGCAGUGAAGGUUUUUGAUCUUGAGAUGCGAGGUGCAGAAAGAAGCUUCGUGGCAGAGUGUGAAGCACUUAGAAGGGACGAGGAGGCUCCAAAACGUCUAAGCUUGACCCAAAGAAUAAGCAUAGCUGUUAACAUAGCUGAUGCAUUGGAUUAUUUGCACCACGAUUGUGGACGUCCCACGGUUCACUGUGACUUGAAGCCUAGCAAUAUUCUUCUAGACGAUGAUAUGAAUGCUCUUCUGGGAGAUUUUGGAAUUGCACGUUUCUUUGCGGAUCCUCAGUCAACAUGGGCAGGUUCAAUUAGUUCGAUUGGUAUGAAGGGCACAAUUGGAUACAUCCCUCCAGAAUAUGGAAGUGGUGGGCAUGUGUCAACGUCCAGAGAUGUUUAUAGUUUUGGGAUAGUAUUGCUGGAGAUUUUGAUAGGCAAAAGGCCGACAGAUGCUAUGUUCAUGGACGGACUGGACAUUAUCAGCUUUGUGGAGAACAGCUUUCAGAGUCAAAUAUUUGACGUCAUUGAUGUUCAUCUCGUGGAAGAAUGCAUGAACUUAACUCAAGACAAGAAUGUACCAGAAAAGGAGAUCAACAAAUGCUUGCUGGAUCUGGUGCAAGUAGCACUUUCUUGCACGCGUUCAUUACCAUCUGAACGUUCGAAUAUGAAGCAAAUAGCCAGCGAAAUGCAUGCAAUCAAGGUUUCACAAUUGGGAUGGAUGACGUGUAAGAAGUAG